GGACCCUCCCCGGCGCCGACCGCCAUGCCGGCCCAGGCCAGCGGGGCGCCGCAAACCUCGGAUCGUGGCAUAUACGGCGGGAUAGUGCCGAUGCAGGAUUAUGCUUUCCCCAACCUGAUCUCCAUCCAUCACCCCAUGAGGUUCCACCAACCAGGUGACCAGAACAUUCUCGGGCCACGAGCCGUACAACGGUCCCCUGAAUGGAGUCGACCCUCGGAAACGGAACGCCCGUAUAUGAUCGUGGGAGACUUGGCGGAGAGUUGGGAGUUGCAGGCGGACGGCGUUACCUUCGUAUUCCAUCUUUACGAGAACGCCAUGUGGCAUGACGGCACUCCGGUUACCGCCGAGGAUGUCGCGUACAGCAUGGAUAGCCUGGUGAGUAGCGCGGAAAUGAACGACGCACGCACGGACGAUGAUCGAGCCCGUAACCUCGACGACACACGGCUCUGGGAAAUGCGACCAAACAAUCCGGCGCCUGAUUUCGUCUCGAUGAUUGCGACCGACGCUCAACAUGAUUCGUGUCCAGGCGUGGCCGCGCGACCCAUCCGGCGUGGCCACACCUCAGACCCAAUGGGACGAAAACGGUAUGGGGUCGGGGCCAUUCAAACCCACGAAACUGUCCAAAGACGUCUCCAUUGAGCUGGAGCGCAACGAGAAUUAUUGGAAAGAGGGUCUGCCCUACACUGACGGCAGCAUCCACUACUACAUCGCCGAUAAGGGUACGGCCAUUGGUUCCUACCGCACCGGCCAGGUCUUGACGGCGACGUGGCCAGUGACCAAUCUGAGCAACACCGAGAUUCUGGAACUGCAAGCGUCCGAAGCCGACAGUGUGGAUGUCUAUCUGAUCCCCAAUAGUAGUUUGCUGGGAACGCUGAUUAACACGACUAUUGAGCCUUUCAACGAUGUGCGGGUCCGCCGGGCCCUGCAUCUGGCGGUUGACCGCAGCGAGUUUCGCGAAAUUUUCGGCGGAGGGAUCGCGCCGGUUGGUACGCCGCUGCCACCGGGCACCUGGUUCGGGCGGACGGAGGCGGAAGCCUUGGAACUGCCCGGUUUCCGCAGCGGCCCGGACGGCGGGAAACAUCCGGAAGACUUGGCAGAGGCGAAGAGGCUGCUAGCUGAAGCGGGCGUGC